AAACUAGCGGGGUCACUCGGAACGCCAGUUGACCUCAAGAUGGCAUCGCGGUGGAGACUCUUUCUUCUGGUCCUCUGUGCUCAAGGAGCACUUGCAUCACUGCUGGAUGACAUAAUCUUCGAAAGCGAGGAGGUUGAAGAUUCCGAGGAGAGCAGCAUCGAAGGAUUUAAUGAACGUUUAUACGAAGAUUAUGCAUAUACUUACGCUCCACUUAUUAGGUUCCACAAGACGGAGGGAGAUGAAGGCUUCUGUUUCCCCCACGAUGCUGGAGAGUACUACGAUCACCGAGUAGCCGGGGACUGGUCGAGGCUAUGUAACGAGGACUACCAGACUAUCAGGAAUGAUGAGAUACCGACCUACUGGCAUGCUAUGGAGUGCAGCGGACAUUUGCAUAUUGCUUACUGGUCCUUCUACGGCUACAACCACAACUGCGAUUGCUGCACCGGCGAGAGAGACGCUUGGUGGGAGUUCGUUGUUGUCAAGAUACGCGAAUUCGGAACGGAAUUUGCCCACCUCAGUGAAGUCAUGUUCGGCCAGAAGAAGGGAUGGUACACGCGAGUCUUCAGUCACUAUGAGGUUUUCAACGCCACCCACCCAAUCGCAUAUGUUGGGCGAGCUAGCCAUGGCUUCUAUCACGACGACGGAGGCUCAAAUACCUGUUGCUAUUAUGAGGAUACGAGGAAUCCAGGUAAUGCCAACCAGUACAUGAUGAGCUGGAAAAACCUCGUGAGACUGACGACCGAAGGAACGGCGGAACCCUGGAUGACGGACCCAAGUACUGACUACUGGAACGGCCUCCAGGUACCCACGUUCAGGAAGGACUGGUACUUGUGCAACCUUGUGGGCUGCACCGGGUCUUUCCUCUGGGGGUGUGGGACUUCGGGAUGCGCCAAGAGCGACAUCGGAGACGACCCAUUCUGAGGUCCUUCAGGCGAAGAGACACUCGACGCAGGAUGUCUUUGCUUUGCUAUUGUUCAAUUGUGUCAGAGAUAACAGGCGUUCGUAUGUACUGCUCUUGUUGCUGUUGUUGUUUUUUAUUGUUCAUUUUGGUUAAUCUGCAAUUUUGGUUAAUUUUCAAGAUUGUUGCGACUGCUCAUCUGUAAAUUCUGUGAUAUGUAAUGUUUGUGAGCCGGAUAUAUUGUAUUUUCGCAAAAGCCGAUGAUAUUGCAAA